UCACGUCAAAAGUUGAAAGAUUGUGGAAUAGGUACAUUGAUUGUAUUUAUUUAGGAAUUUCUUAUUUGCAAGUUGUGUGGAAAUAUUGUGACCUAAAAUAAAAUUUCCAUAAAAUUAAAGGUUUUCAAAUCUCUGUUUAUGUGCUGAUGUACUGCGUAAUGUGAUGUGAUUAAUAUUUUGGUGUGUAAUUCGCCUUGGACCAUGAAAUCCAGUAAGCGAAGGCUCCAGGCCCUUACCGAAGGUUCUGAUGGAUUGCCUAACUACCUGAAGAUGGAAGAUUCCGAAACAUCUAUUCCACCAGUAUUUAGAUCACGGUUGCACGAAUUAUUUUCUCAAAUAGAAAAAGAGUUUGACCUUCUCUACACAGAAAAUCUCAAUCUUCAAGAGAAAAUAGACAUUUUGAGUGAGAAAUUGGAACGGGAGAGCUAUGUGGGAGAUAAACAAAACCUGGAUUAUAUUGAGUUUGACGUUGCUGGGAAGAACUCUAAAGUAAAAUUAACACAGAGCAACUCUCAGAAAGUGAAAGCGAGUCACAAACUCCGAGUGCAGACCAGCAAGAUAGUAUCCAGCUUCAAGGCUCCAACAUACAACUGUCAGUUAGUGCGGGAGUUCACGGGACACAAGGAUGGGAUCUGGGAUGUGUCGUCAGCUCGUCCUGGACAAGCUCUCAUUGGCACGGCGUCUGCCGAUCACACAGCUUGCGUAUGGAGCGUGGAAUGGGGUAAAUGUCUCCUGCAGUACACGGGGCACACAGGUUCCGUCAACUCGAUUCGUUUCCACCCAAGCAGGGACAUUGCUCUCACAAGCAGCGGAGACAAUACUGCUCACGUGUGGCAGGCCGCCGUCAAUUGGGACCUACCACGCGGCCAGUCCUCUGAGGAAGAGUUAGAAGGGGGCGGCGAAGAAAGUCUGGGUGAAGGAGGAGACAGGCCAGAAGUACUGCGCACUCCUCUCACGGAGCUGGGUGGUCACCAAGGUGUCGUGGUCGCCGCUGAUUGGCUGACCGGCGGCGAUCACGUCAUCACCGCCUCCUGGGAUAGGACCGCUAACUUAUAUGACGUGGAAACUGGAGACUGCUUGCAAGUUCUUACAGGUCACGACCACGAGCUGACGCAUGCGUCUGCGCACCACGCGUCCCGGCUGGUGGUGACUGCGUCCCGGGACACAACGUUCCGUCUCUGGGACUUCCGUGAGCCGAUACACUCCGUGUCCGUCUUCCAAGGACACACUGAGAGUGUUACAUCGGCUGUGUUCACACGAGAAGAUAAAGUUGUUUCUGGAUCUGACGACCGUUCCGUAAAGGUUUGGGACGUCCGCAACAUGCGUUCGGCUCUGGCCACAAUCAGAUCAGAUUCUUCAGUAAACCGUGUGGGUGUGAGCGGGAACGGUCUGAUCGCGAUCCCACACGACAAUAGACAGGUCCGACUCUUCGACCUGCAGGGCCAGAGGCUCGCUAGACUGCCUCGAUCUAGCCGUCAGGGUCACCGUCGCAUGGUGACGUCUGUGGCCUGGGCCGAUGACAUAUCGUCCAACAUAAACUUCUUCAGCUGCGGCUUCGACCGACGCAUCCUCGGCUGGUCCAUCCAACCUUCAAAGGAGAACUAAAUACUAAGACUUCAGUGGUUACAGGUCUCCUCAAACUUUACGGUCGCUCUGAAAGCGGCGAGGGACAGUCGGCUACUACAAUCAUUCGUCAACCAUAUUAGCGAGCCUACUUUGGAAUGGCAAAACUUUUUGUCGUGGGCUGCACAUAACCUUUUGACCGCCAUGUGAAAUGAGAAGCAUUCCCUCCAGCGUCAUACUUCGAAUUCGUGUAGAUAAGGUUAAAAUUAUUAUUUUGUGUCAAUCUUACAGGGUGUAAACGGAACACUCCCGAAAAACGUUACAUAUUUUUUUGUUUAUAAUUUUAAUUGUUUUUGUUUUCGUGUUAUUUGCGCUACAUCAGCUUUAAGCCUUUCACUGCCAACAAAAAUCUGUUAAAGGCUAUUUCUUGUUCCUUCGGUCAGCAUUGGCCUCUAUUGUGUUAAAGCAUUUUGAUUACAACUAUUAUUACAUAAAAUAAACAUUGAAUUCCUUUUUUUUUGAAAAUAAAACUAGGUUUUUACCGUCAUCUAUUUGUAGAGUUCCGGAGCAUUCCGUUUAUACCCUGUAAUUAUUGUCACGAUAGAAAAUUCAUGGUAUUUUAGUGGUAAUAAUCGAAGUAAAAUUAAAAGAACUUAUUUUUUAUUUUAGAGGUUGUCAUGACGAACUGUAUUUUGUUUUGUGGCGAUAGUUACGUGAUACAUGCGGUCAAAAGGUUAAUGUUUAAUUUUAUUUUCGUCCAGUUAUAUUAUAAUUAAUGGCAACGGUUGUUGGUGUCAUGUAACCUUAAUUACAUAAUUAAGGUAAGCGUUCACAGGCCCGCAUCGUACGCAUUCCGUAUGACGUCAUCAGUACAUUGCUGGUGACGCCGUCCGUACGAUGCGGAUCAGUGGACGCAUUUGUAUGAGUUUCUAUACAAGACAAACUAAAAUCCGUUGCGUGUGAUGCGUACGAUACGGGCCUGUGGACGCGUACCUUUAACGGGUGAUGUGGUUUUAGAUAACUAUUCCUGAGACAUGCAUAUAUACCGUCUCACUCUAGAUUUUUCUUUAAAUAAAAGUAGCGUUAUGGAAUUUCUAACAUUCUAGUUUUAUGUUAUUUUUCGUCUUCUAAUAACAUUAAUCGAAAUUUAAACGGAUGUGGUUUAGUAAUUAAUAUUAGUUUCAAUUUAAUAUUUAAUUGUCAAUCUGUAAAUUAGAUUUUAUUGCUGUCGCACAAAAUUAUUGUUGAUUUUUUUUAAUCUCGCUGUCAUUGUUUGAAGCUGUGUCAUUGACAGUGCUACAGCUGUGUUGUGUGGCGUCUCUUUUUGUUUAAACGUGAGUAAUAUUCCAAUAUCGCUUCCAGAAAAUCUACGUUAAUAUAAUACAUACUGUCACCCAGAUUGGCAAUUUAACUAAUAGAUAUAAAACCAGUAGAAACUGAGCUCUUUUAUCGCAAAUUUUCCAUUCGACGAGAGGUCAUGUAAUAAUGAAUUUAACGUGUAAUACAACAUAUCUUUAGGUAUACUAUCCAAACGUUGUAAAGACAGAUUCACCUAGUCAAUAUAACCAGAUCACAAAUAAACCAAAGAACAGUCUUACCCAGCGUGUUUUGGCAUUUUGUUCAGACACACAUCACCAGCCUACGAGUGGCCACUGCUGACCAAAUACCUCUUCUCACACGGAGAAGGUUUGAACAUUUUCCGUGUGAGAAGAAGCCUUUGGUCAGCAGUGGUCACUCAUAGGUUGUUGAUGAAUGAUGAAAUAACUAAUUUUAACGUUUAGGUAACAAACAUGCUCCACAAAAAUCUUAGGAACAUUCUAAAAAAUACGCAUAAAUAUUUGUUAAAAAUUAUUAUGUUUUUCUAGUAACACCUUAAAUCGAAAUGUCCUCCAAGUAUAUUACUCAUCCAUGAAUACCAUCAAUGAUAUUACAAAUUAAAAUGGUGUAGGUAGGUUAUACAACAUUCUUAGAAAAUGUCACGUUAAAAUAUGGCCAAUUAGCCUUAUUUUACCUCAGAGUCGUGUUGCACCGUCAACGUAUUCACGUGUGUGUUAUGCGUGUGUCGUUUUUGUAGAUCAAACGUUGUUUGGGUACCUUAUCUACACCUUUUUACUUAUAACUAAUAUCAUUGAUGGCCAUAAAUAAAAAACUAAAUCGAAACUAACUAAAGGAUUGAUCUCUAGUCUCACACAUAAUCGAAUCUAGAAAGUUCUUUACACUCUGUUCGCACAUAUCACAAAUGAAUACAAUGUGAUGGCUUAAAAAUAUACAAUUUAUAGAAAAGAGUUCGAUCAGUUUGAUAAACACCUUAGAAAAAAAGGAAUCAUCCUAAAAUUAUCCUAUAAGUAAUUGUUAUAAAAAUAUCAGUAUAAAUAAUGGUUAAUAUAUAAUAUGAUAUGAAAGAAAUAUCUAUUGCUUGUUAAAAGUAGUUGAUCUAGUAUCAUGCUAAGGGUGCUUUUCUACCGGAGAUGUGCUACGCUACGUUGCUGUGGAUGCGUUUGGCUUCCACCAAUCAUAUUCAUUGCUACACAUAGCUUAGCACUGGUGGAAACGGACUCAGCUAUGUUUUUUUUUUUUUUAUAUGGAAUCUUUCCAUGUAAAAAAAAACUGAUAAAAAGGAUGCGUCCUUCAGAUGCGUGCUGUGGAUGGCUUUCCUACUUUCAAUAUAACGCAUACUCGAGCUGCACAUCUUACUCACACAGCUACAUAGCUUAGUAUCGGUGGAAACGGUUACAUAGUUUCCCAGCUUAGCUAUUACAUCUUUGUAGCAUAGCUACAUAGCCCAUCUCUGUCGGAAAAGCACCCUAAUCAUAAUAUAAUAGAAUGAAACAUGACAAUACCAUGUAUAUAAAUAUACACAAUUGGAUCACAUAUAACUAAUGUAUCUAUAUUGUCAAAAACUAUCCAAAAGUCCAUCUCAAGUAGUGAAUGGCCCGUAGUGUAAAUAAGAAAUUGUAAUAUUUAAAUUAUUUUUCCAUUAAUAAUUAUAACUGAAUAUGUUGCUUUGUUAUAUCUGUAUAUUUUUAUUGAUGGUUUUACAUAGUAUCGAUAAGGUUAUCAACUUGAAAAUUCUCAUGUAUUGUUUGUGCUAUACCACUUAAUAAAAAUAAUCAGGUUAAAUGAGCUCACGUACACUUUCGAGGUUGCUCUACUAGUUUCGAGCCAAGUCAAAGGCCCACAAUCGUAAGCAGCAUGAAAGUAGUCGAGUAACCUCGUCGAAAAGUUACGUAAGCAAAAUGUAUAUAACCUAAUUAAUUUAGUAUGUCUCAUGAAAAUACAAGGGUGACUAUGGUUGAAAAAAAUGCCAUUCGCCUUUACGUGUACAAUAUGAUCUUUUGUCACACCACCCUUAUUGAUCUGUGUAAAUCCAUCAGCAUUAUGUAUCUGUGGUUGUGCCAAAGCCCUCUAUCACUUCAUAGAGGUACAGGCAGUAAUAGACACCCAGUUCAUACUUAUAUUUUGAAUGUUAGUGAUGACAAAAGUAAUUUUGUAUCUUCUAGUCGAAUAGUGCACUUCAUUUAUUACUAUUGUAUUACUUGGUCAAAUCUUUUGUGUCUACUAUAAUAAUAUAAGGAUGCCUGUCUGUAUUCACGAUCAUUAUAUAAAUCAAUAUGCAUAAUAUGAGUAUUAUUAAUAAUUGUGUAAUUAUGAUGUCAUCAGUUGUUAAAUAUCUUCUAUUAAAAUGAUCUGAAUAUUUUUGUUAUGCCAAAUAUGGUAUGAAAUAAAUAAUAUUUAAUGAA